CUAUCUGCUGCGGCUUCCACUUCGGCACAAUGAAGGUCGAUGCCGCUAGCAGGCUGGUUCUACAAUGCGGGAUCGUGGUGGCCGUUGCGCAGGCCUUCGCCGUCGGUUGGAGCAGCAGAGCCUUCACGGCGGAGCACCGUCGACUAGGUCACGACAGCGCCAACACCAGCGCUCGAACCCCAUCUCGAUCGCGGCGACCACCGGCCGGUGCCCGCGCCGGUGUAGCGUUGUCGUCCGUGGCGGGCUCGGGCGGAGACGGCGGGGGGGGCUCCGCGGUGAAGGAAGGAGAGGGGGUCAGGGAGAAAGGUCGCACCCAGCGUAUCAUGGAGGCGAUGCCCAGCAGCAAGCAGGCCAUGGGAGCGGGGGGGUCAUCCACGUACCAGGGGCUGCUCCGUGCGGAUGCGGGAUGGACAGCCCUGAGGAACAUGAAAACGGGGGACGAUGCCGGACCAGCCCCCACGUACGUCACAGAGAGCGACACGCCGCUCGGUGCGGAAAACCCUCCGGCGUUCGACGUGGUCGUGUGCGGCGGAACCCUUGGCAUCUUCGUCGCGACCGCGUUGCAGAUGAGGGGUUUCCGAGUGGGCGUUGUGGAGAGGGGCCCGCUGUUGGGCAGAGAGCAGGAGUGGAACAUCAGCGAGGCCGAGCUGGAGGAGAUGGUGGAGGCGGAGGUUUUGAGCAAGGAGGACGCAGAGGAAUGUGUGAGCAUACGCUUCAACCCUUUGCGGGCGGGGUUCAAGAGGGCGGAGGGUGACCCUGGUGCCGUGGACACGUUCUGUCCGGACGUACUCAACACGGGGGUGAAGCCGUCUCUCUUGGUGGACCGGGCUCGUCGGCGUUUCGAGACCAAGGGAGGGGUCGUCAUGGAGUUCACUUCCAUCGACGGCGUUAGCGUAAGGCCAGACGGGGUCGCUCUUUCAACAUCCCCGUCUUCGCCACCGGGGAGUAAGCCUCCCGCGUCGGGGGCUGGUACUGGAGAGGAGGUGACCUCGCGGCUGGUACUCGACUGCAUGGGGAACGCCUCGCCGAUGGUGCGGCAGAUCCGAUGGGGCAAGAAGCCCGAGGGGGUAUGCCUCGUCGUUGGCUCGUGCGCUAGAGGGUACAACCCGGACACCAACAAAAGCGGCGACAUCAUCUACGCCAACAACCCUAUCCUCGACAAGGGGGACGGGGUGGGAGUUCAGUAUUUCUGGGAGGCUUUCCCGGCGGGGUCCGGGCCAGGGGACAGGACCACCUACAUGUUCGCGUACAUGGACGCAGACCCUAGGAGAACAUCACUGGAGGACAUGAUGGACGACUACUGGGAACUCCUCCCGCAGUACCAGGGUGUGGAAAUCGAGGACCUGGAGUUCCAAAGAGUUCUGUUCGGCUUUUUCCCCACCUACAAGCGCAGCCCCCUGCCGGCGGAGUGGGACCGCGUCUGCCAGAUCGGGGACGCGAGUGGCAUGCAGAGCCCUCUCUCUUUCGGGGGCUUCGCUUGCCUCACAAGGCAUAUGAAGCGAAUUUCGGAGGCCCUGUCCGAGGCGCUAGAGGGAGACCUACUGGACAAGAAGUCGCUCGGACUAGUGAACGCCUACCAGCCCUCGCUGACCUCGACGUGGAUGUUCCAGAAGUCGAUGAGCGUCGGGGUCGGAGAGAGGGUGGGCGCCAACCUCAUCGUGGACCUCCUCGCGAACAACUUCAGGUCCAUGGACAAGCUGGGAAACCCGGUGCUGAAGCCCUUCUUGCAAGACGUGGUGCAGUUCGGACCUCUGGCAAGAGUGCUGGUCGGCGUUACCCUGGACGCCCCGUUGUCGAUCCCGCCGCUGCUGCUGCACGUCGGGAUCGUUCCACUGGCGGACUGGAUAGGGCACUUCUUCAGCAUGGGUCUUUACUCCGCUCUCCAUCGACUUGCCGGGCCCUGGCUGCGAAAACGCCUCCCGAAGAUGUCCAAGGAGGACCGCUACCGCUCGUCAAGGCUACUGGACGCCUGGGAGUACGGCAGCGGUUCCGACUACCGCUACGAGGGGCCGGGCUCGACAUAGAUGAGAGUAGGCGGAACAAGCUUUAACGCAAUAUUUUAGCGGACACGGAGAGCCAGUAGAGACAGGUCGAAGGAGGCUGGGAUGUCGCCCUCGUUGUCUGCGGCACCCCCAGCGCCUUUCGUGUGUAGCGAUAGCGGCUGCGGCUACUGUUUCGAAGAGACCGGCUGGUAUGAGAAGAUGCCCGGGCGAGGGAUGACAUGGUGUGGAUGGGCCUGAUGGCCUGCUUUUAGACGUGUGGCAAAGUUAGAGGCUUGAGCCUGCCGUAUGCUGGGGAGGGCUACUCGUCGGGUAGUCUACUUACAGAGAGUGAGAGAGAGCGAGUGGCAGUUUUUCGGGACGGGGAGGACCUUUUGGCUAUCACGCCUGUGCUGUAGGUGCCGCGAUGAGCCUUCACUCUGUUGUAGGGCAGGUCGAACGGAUUUGCAGCAACGGGUUUCCGGGUGUGCUGCUGUGGCACGGAGACUGGUGGAAUCCAUGGUUUGGGGUGUGGAGAUAGCGGUCACACAGUGACAUCCACGUUCACUACGGAGUUUAUCGACGAACGCCUUAUGGCCAUGAGGUUUCUGUUGGCAGGCCACCGUGGAGGGGUCAACUUCGUAGCCGCGUAUGCUCCAACCGAACCUUCAACCGCGACAGCAAGCGCGUGUUCUGGGGAAAACUUGACUGUCUCGUGCGGAGGAUCCCUUCCAAAUAUUGUGUGUAUGUCAUAAUGGACGCCAACGCGCGGACGGGAGAUAGGUUGGACGGAGGGGACGGAAAGGCAACAGGAAUGUACGGGCGUGAUGAGGUCAACGACAAUGGCAUACUACUGUUGAAUUUCGCAACGGAAAACAGGCUAGCUCUCGCGAACACGUUCUUCGAGACACGCAAGGGCGGAAUAUGGCACACAUACAACGGUGUGUCGGGAAACGAUUGUAAGCGCCUUGACUACAUCCUGACAAGGCAGGCACAUCGCGGCCGAGUAUCUAACGUGGUUGUCAUCCGCCAUCCGGUUCGCCCAGUCAACGCAGACUCAGACCACAAUAUGGUAGUAGCCACCGUCAAUCUCGGUGGCAGGCUUGCCCACAACCGUGCAGUCCGGACUAAAUCGAAACAGAAGCAAUUCAACCGACGGGAAAUGCAAUUCGAAGCAGCACGGUGUGCGGUGACUAAUCGGUUCCUCCUCAAAUCUCGACACACGACUGGACGAGCGAACAACCACCGCCGCGGAAUUGGCGACCGACUCUACCAAUGCUCUCCUCGAAGCAGCGCGGACGACGCUAGGGGAGGAACCGCGGAGACGCCGCAUGCAGGAGUGGUGUGAGACCCCAGAGACGAGAGCAGCGCUGGAGCAGGCCCUUACCAAACGGCAGGAGGCGCGCCGGGCGAUGGGGGGCAACUGGAACUCAGCAACGUGGAGGAUUCUCAAAGCAGGGUGUGUGUAAGGAAGUGGCUACAGCAGUCAAACGGGCAUGUGUGCCACCUGGACGGAUAUGUGACUGAACUCGAAGAAAUCUACAAAGAUCGCGACAUGCGAGGACUGUACAAACACCUCAAGAGAUCAGUGGGCCUCAGCGGGAGACAAGCGGGGGGACAGCAGUUCGUCGCGGAUUAGAACGGCGUGUUGCUUCGGAACAGGGACGACAACCUCCAGCGGUGGGCGAGAUUUUUCAGCACCUUACUCAACACCAAAUUCCCCACCCUGAACCCAGACAUCAUCGAACGAGUGACGCAGCGGCCAGCGACACGUGACACUCAACGGUUGGGAGAAGUGCCAGACCUCGAGGAGGUGGCACGGGCAACGAAAUGCCUCAAGAACUGGAGGGCACCCGGUUAUGACUCCCUCCCUGCCGAGUUGCUCAAUAUCAAUGUCGACGAACCCUUCGUCCUGGGACACCUCCAUACCAUCCUCGUCAAGGUGUGGAACGGAGGAGAUAUCCCGCGAGACUGGAAGGAUGCAACCAUCAAGGUGCUGUACAAGAAG